UUCCGUGCAGUGUUGCACUCCUUCCUUCCUUCCUUCCUUCCACCUUCCCGGCCCCUUUGUCUUCAACCUUAUCGCUCUUCUCCACCAAUGGGCUGCGGCGGCUCGAAGCAGGACGUGGCCACCGGCAACACGAUCACCCGCCGUAUCCUCCGCAGGCCAUCGAGUGUCUCCAAGAGCAAAGCAUCUUCGGCGUUGACGAACGGCGACGCCUCCAAGAAGCAGACGGCCGAGGCAAACGGUGCCGCCGGUGAGGCCAAGCUCGUGUCGAAGGAGUCGUCGGAGGAGUACUUCUCGUCGAGGAGGGAGAUAGAGUGCUUGGACGUGGUGACGGGGAGCGAAGGCGCCGAGUACUUCUCCCCCAUCGAGGACUCCGACGCCAACGUGAAAACAGCGGAGGGAAGCGGAGAGAUCGCCGUCUCCGAGGCGAAGAACGGUGCCGCGUUUGGCCGAAAGGAAGAGAAAGAGCAGAUCGGCCGCAAAGAAGAUGACGGGGAAUCACUUGGAAAGCAAUCUGUAGAUUUCAAAGAGGCCAUUUCCAUCGAUGAAGCAGAAGCAGAAAAGAAGAGUCCAGGAGAGAAGGAGACUGCAAAGAAGUCAUCAGCUCAUUGACUGAUGGAGAGAGAUUAAUGCAAACCUGUCAUGUUCUUUCCAUGUAUUACAUAUGAUUAAUAAUCAAAUAUUAGAUACCA